AGGGAGCGGCGGCGGCGGCGGCGGCUGCUGGAGCGGCGGUGGCGGCGGCUGCUGCUGAGCCGAGGCGGCGGCGGGGACCCCGGGCUGGGGCCACGCAGGCCGGAGGCCCCAGCGCCCUCGGCCCCAGCGCGGAAGCGAACCCGCGCUCUCUAUCCCAAGGCGAGACUCAGAGGUCCUACAGGUAUGGAUCUCUGGCAGCUGCUGUUGACCUUGGCAGUGGCAGGCUCAGGCAGUGCUGUUUCUGGGAGUGAAGCCGCACCAGCUAUCCUUGGCAGACCAUCCCAGAGUCUGCAAAGAGUUAAUCCAGGCCCAGGGACAAAUUCUUCUGGGAAGCCUAAGUUCACCAAGUGCCGUUCACCUGAACUAGAGACUUUUUCAUGCCACUGGACAGAUGGGGUUCGUCACGGUUUGAAGAACCCAGGAUCAGUACAGCUGUUCUAUAUUAGAAGGAGCACUCAAGAAUGGACUCAAGAAUGGAAAGAAUGCCCUGAUUAUGUCUCUGCUGGAGAAAACAGCUGUUACUUUAAUUCAUCUUAUACCUCCAUUUGGAUACCCUACUGUAUCAAGCUAACCAGCAAUGGUGGUACGGUGGAUCAAAAGUGUUUCUCUGUUGAGGAAAUAGUGCAACCAGAUCCACCCAUCGGCCUCAACUGGACUUUACUGAACAUCAGUUUAACGGGCAUUCAUGCCGAUAUCCAAGUGAGAUGGGAACCACCACCCAAUGCAGAUGUUCAGAAGGGAUGGAUAGUCCUGGAGUAUGAACUGCAAUACAAAGAAGUAAAUGAGUCCCAGUGGAAAAUGAUGGACCCUGUAUUGUCAACAUCAGUUCCAGUGUACUCGUUGAGACUGGAUAAAGAAUAUGAAGUGCGUGUGAGAUCCAGACAACGAAAUUCUGAAAAAUAUGGCGAGUUCAGUGAGGUGCUCUAUGUAGCACUUCCUCAAAUGAGCCCAUUUGCCUGUGAAGAAGAUUUCCAGUUUCCAUGGUUCCUAAUUAUUAUCUUUGGAAUAUUUGGGCUAACGAUGAUAUUAUUUUUAUUCAUAUUUUCUAAACAGCAAAGGAUUAAGAUGCUGAUUCUUCCCCCAGUUCCAGUUCCAAAGAUUAAAGGAAUUGAUCCAGAUCUCCUCAAGGAAGGAAAAUUAGAAGAGGUGAACACAAUCUUAGCCAUUCAUGACAACUAUAAACCUGAAUUCUACAACGAUGACUCUUGGGUUGAAUUCAUUGAAUUGGAUAUUGAUGACGCAGACGAAAAGACUGAAGGAUCAGACACAGACAGACUUCUCAGCAACGACCAUGAGAAAUCACUUAACAUCCUCGGGGCAAAGGAUGAUGACUCUGGACGUACCAGCUGUUAUGAGCCUGACAUUCUGGAGACUGAUUUCAAUGCCAGUGAUGUGUGUGAUGGUACUUCAGAGGUUCCUCAGCCACAGAGGUUAAAAGGGGAAGUAGAUCUCUUGUGCCUUGACCAGAAGAAUCAAAAUAACUUACCCUCUACUGAUACUGCCCCUACCACUCAGCAGCCCAGUGUUAUCCUGGCAAAGGAAAACAAACCAAGACCACUUGUGAUUAGUGGAACUGAGUCAACUCAUCAAGCUGCCCAUCCUCAGCUGAGCAACCCGAGUUCACUGGCAAACAUCGACUUUUAUGCCCAGGUAAGCGACAUCACUCCAGCUGGGAGUGUGGUCCUUUCCCCAGGCCAAAAGAAUAAGGCAGGGAUAUCCCCGUGUGACAGGCCUCCGGAAGUGGUCUCACUCUGCCAAGCAAACUUCAUCAUGGACAGCGCCUACUUCUGCGAGGCCGAUGCCAAAAAGUGCAUCACUGUGGCCCCUCACGCCGAGGUUGAAUCGCGUGUAGAGCCAAGCUUUAACCAGGAAGACAUGUACAUCACCACAGAAAGCCUUACCACUACCGCUGGCCGGUCUGGGACCGCAGAGCGGGCUCCGAGCUCGGGGAUGCCCGUCCCGGACUACACCUCCAUUCACAUCGUUCAGUCUCCACGGGGCCUCGUGCUCAAUGCGACUGCCUUGCCCUUGCCCGACAAAGAGUUUCUCUCAUCAUGCGGCUACGUGAGCACAGACCAACUGAACAAAAUCAUGCCGUAGCCUUGCUUGGAUUUCCCACAAGCUACGUAUUUAAUGGUGAAGAGUUGGCUAGGGCCUGAGUGCUUAAACCAAAACGAUGUUUAAACCUUUCUGGGGGCGAUGAGGGGGUGGAUUCUAAAUGCCUUUUCCUGAAUUGUUGAAACAGAAUAUUAAAAAAAAAAAAAAGAAGAAGAAGAAGGAGGCCUAAGCAGAUAGAUAUUCCUAUUGUGAAUUGUAAAUAUUUUAAAGAAUUGUCUCAAAGACUGUUUAGUGGCACUGAUUGUCUUGUUAAUGUGGGUGUUAAUUUUGUGAUACUAAGCAUUGAAUGGCUGUUUUUAAUGUAUAGUAAAUCAUGCUUUUUGAAAAAGCGAAAAAUCAGGUGGCUUUUGCAGUUCAGGAAAAUGGAAUGCAAAUCAGAGCACAGGCUAUUUUUUUUUUUAAAUAAUUGGGAACUAAAAUUAUAGGU